AUGCAGCUUGUAUCUGUCUGCUUCAGGUUGAAGGCGGAUGGGGAGGGCACAUACCAGUGCAAGGAAACUGGCCUCAUCUUUGAGGUUACCAGGAAGGUUGACAUCAAGUACUGCAUUUUGUCCUGGAGCAAGUACGCGGACCUGGUAGUGAAGCCCUGGGUGGUCGGCGGGCCCCUGUUUGACGUGAACUGUGAGCCGGGAAGUCUAAGCUCCAUCCAGUUCCCGCACUCCCUCUGCCUAGGCAGUCAUGACUCUGACAUGACGUUCAAGGUCUUCCAUGUGAAGAAUUCCGGGGCAUCAUUGGAACACAUUGUGGACUACUCCACCAGCCACGUGACGUGGCGUGUCAGCUCUCUGUCCCCAGUGGGGCCUGUUAUUCAGAGCGAGGACACGAUGUCCCACCAUGGGGCUGUGAUUCUCUACAAAGCUGUGGACCAAAACCCAUCCCUGUCCUUCCGAGUCUACAUCGCCACCAACAACGAGUCCUUCAUCAAGGAUAUUUCCAAGUCGGUAAAGCACUCCUCGAAGAAGUUCGUGAAGAUCGACAAGCCCCCUGUCUGCCAGAAAUUAUUGCAGAAUGGGAAGAAGUACAGGCUCAUCAGUGAACCUGAAGCGGAAAUCACCCCCGAGGAAAUCGAAUUUGUGGACGGUUCACUUUUGAAACUGAAAAGUUACAUCGAGGUCUACCUGGAGCAACCUGUGGAGUUCAAAUUACUGUUGGUGGAGGCGGAUUCUGAGGAGAUUGUAUGGAAAGCAAAGCUGAGAGAGUGUGACUGGACACAGCAAGAUCAGAACCAGAACACCCUGAAAAGUGGCUUAAGUGGGUCCCGGCGCCGGAAGGGGAGCUGCAGCUUGGCUGACGAGAGUGCCUACAACAAGAGGAGGCGGCACGGGGAGCCCUCAGGUAUGUACGGGGCGAGAGGCCUGCUCACCGACGAGCAACUCAUCACGCUGGCAGGGCGGCUGGGGCCAGACUGGAUCAAGGUCGCAGUGGCCAACUUGGACCUGGAGAUCGACACCAUUGAUGCCAUUCGGGAGAAGAAGGAGGAGGAGACCAUCUGCAAGUUCAGGGUGCUCAAGAAGUGGCAAGAGAAGGCGCAGGGCCGCGCCACUGCCCAGAACCUGUACAACUGUCUCAAGGCCGUGGUCUCUGCCGAGGCCCUAGAGGUGCUCGCAGGUUUCUUACAGGAGACAUGAAGUCGGGAAGCGGAGCCCCUGGGAACAGUUGGAUCGAGGAACCAGACUGAGACUGCAGCCCUGUCCCGUGUGGCUUGGGGGCACGGGUGGGAUGGGAAAGCACUGGGGUAUGUUAAGGAAGGGGGAAGCCAAUCAGGAUUGUGAAAUCUCCCUGCUACCCGCCCACAGGAGGGGACCCCUUCUUUUAGGUGCUUCCUAACCUCCAGCCCCACAGGUGAGAAAUG